UUCCAACUUCAGACCUCGUCUCUUCCACCUUCUGUUUGUCCCCCAGCCCUCUGAUAUUCCAAGAAAUAUUCAGCUUUUGCUUGUUCUUGGAUGCAGGUCUGUGCCUGCCAUGGGAGCGAAUGCUGCUGAGAUUUUCCGCUGUACGCCCGCCCAAGUCCGGGCAAGUCCGCGCAAGUCCGCGCAAGCCGCUGUUAGCGAGAGGUACUCGUGCGCGCUUAGGCGCGUUUGCCCUCUUCUUGCGGUGCGGUUUCCGCCGUACGGCCGCCCAAGUCCGGCGGGCAAGUCCGCGCAAAGCAGCUGGCGUACGUAGUGAUCGUCGAUCCUACGAAAAGGCGCGAGCAUCUGCGCUCAAGCUGCUGCACCCGCAUGCGGCGGAUUGCGCGCGAUUCUUCGGCUGCAAACACGAAAGACUCUACCUAGCGGCGCUACUAUAUCUCGGCGCAAUAUCUGGUAAUGACAGCUACACAAGGUAUCUCGGCGCACAGGAAGGCUCCGCCGUCGGCGCUCAUUGCGCUGCAAAGCGAACUGACUGGCGCACAGCUGAGUUCGAGAGCUCGGGUUCGGGUUCGAGUUCGAGUUUGGGUUUGAGUCAGAGUGUGGGGUCAACCCAGGACGAGCUGCACGUGCUGGUAGUUGGUGGGGGUUUAGCGUUUGACAAGUAUGUAUCCAAUUGGCGUAAACCCGGCGAUGACUUGAUGAUGGAUAACCAAGAGGCAGAAAAAGUUGGCGGUACGAGGGUGUUUUGCGAUAAGACGUUGAGAGAGACACCUUGUGGCGACGACAUGACUGGUGGUGGUGGUUCAGAUGCAGUAUGCAACCGCAACAACUUUGAAGUUGAUUUGAAUAAGCCUUCUGUUUUUCAGGUGGGUCAUUUGAAGGAGCGGUACGAGGAAUGGCUGCAUAAACCGAUCCUGACAAAAGAGGGUCCACGUCUAUUUGAAAACGGCUUCUGUGAGUUCUUCUCUCGGACGUACUGGUGGGUCAUUCCGCUUGUGUGGCUUCCUGUUGUUGCAUGGGCUGAGCUACGAGCCAUUCAGGAUGGAAUCAAACCCUCGCAGAUCUUGCCGCUAAUGGUCGGUGGGGCUCUCCUUUGGACGCUAGUAGAGUACACUCUGCACCGGUUCAUCUUCCACCAAAAGACGUCAUCGUACUGGAUGAACACUGUGCAUUACAUUCUUCAUGGUAUACAUCAUAAGCAUCCAAUGGACAGACUGCGUCUCGUCUUUCCGCCGGCACUAGCGGCUGUCAUUAUUCUUUUUUACUUCGGGCUGGUGGUGAUCCUUCUCCCACGUGGGAUAUCAAUGUCACUGUGGGGAGGAGGGCUUUUUGGCUACAUCUUGUAUGAUAUCACCCACUAUUACUUGCAUCAUGGAUCUCCUUCAAGUAAGCUAUGGCGUGACCUAAAGAAGUAUCACAUGAGUCAUCACUUCAAGAAUACAGAUGCCGGCUUCGGCAUUACGACCUCCUUCUGGGAUCAUGUGUUUGCUACAUACCCGACGAAUUUGUACAAGUCGUGAAGAAGUUGGACCCGACGAAUUUCGCUACAUGCCCGACGAAUUCGUACAAGUCGUGAAGAAGUUGGAGUGGACAUUCAUCGGAACUGUGCGGCGAUCGGAUCAUCAUUGGGACAAUUGCGUCCAUGGGAUGAUUGUAUGGAUGCAUGGGACCGUCAGAUGUCGGGAUGAUCGUAACUGUGGGAUGAUUGGUUCCGUGGGUCUAUGGGACAACUGGGUCCAUGGGACUGCCGCAUGGAUCCGUGGAACAAACAGAUCCUGCGACAUGAUGGCUCACCGGAAACAGAGGUAGGUUGAGCUUACCGGAGAUGACACACGGUCAAGUGCUGUACUUACGUGAUAGCCGGCGGGCGGGAAACUUGAGAGAAGUUGGCGGUACGAGAGAGAAAGCAUGACUGGAGGAGAUGGAUACUUGUCAAAUUUUGUAGUGUUUUGUUAGGGUCAGUUAUGUACUGAAUAGAAAUCCUAGCAUGAUUAGCAUGAUGAGGUGACAGCGAAUAGCGAACCCUCUUCGAUUCUCCCUGUGUGUUCAUGGGGCAGUUCUCCACGCACCCCCGCACCUUCCAUUAGGUCCCCACACCGUACACGAAGCCAAGUGGUGGCUUACGUCUGUGUUAUAGGCGGAAAUGAAAGUCUUGGGAACCAACCGGACAAACUUAGGUUGUGCCGAAACCGGUUUGGACGACAUGGGACAGACGUAGCCACACUCCAUAGGUGGGGACCGGAGCAACCAACCCUUUCUUUCUCUAUGGGUUGUUGUGGCAGACAUAGCCCUGCUUGAUCUGUUGAGACAAAAAUAGCCACCAUGUUUGGAAUAUACAUAUCUGGCACCAGUGAGGCUCAGCAACCCUUGCGAAGAGAAAUAGAAAUAGUCGGGCCUCGGCACACUUGAGGCCAUUCAGGAGGAGCCCUUACAUACAAAGGGUCAGGCCUCAGCACACUAUGUUUAUGUUUUGACAACUGAAAAUACAAAGCCCGGCGCCCGCUCUGUUUGGAGUCUUUCUUUGCCAUCCAUCUGGAGUCGGUCUAAUUGCCGCAAAAAAGCCUACAUGAAACACUGUUAAAAGAAAAGAAAGAAACAAUAAGCCGUAAGCACAGACGGCGGUCCUGAAAUCUGUCAAAUAGAUAAAGCGAAUACGUACAA